AUGGUCUCCCGCGUCCAACUCCACUGCGGAAUUCUCCGUUUAGUAUCCUAUGGGACCGCGUGGCUAGCACCCCAGGGGGCACAUCCCGAGCUCCCGGAUUAUGUGGCUGCAUCCGAGUUUCGCAGGGGGCGCGGGUGCGGCGGCCUCGGCUCCGCCACCCGCCCAGGGCCGUUCCCUCCGCGGGAGACCCGCCGCGGGCCGGCGUCUCCCCGGGACCUCGCUGCCACGUCCGUGUGCACCAUCUGUGAGGUCUGGGGGGCCGGCUGGGCCCCGACGCGGGGCAGCGCCCGGCCCCCGCCCGCGCCGCGCGGCUCGUGGCUCCGGAGCGCCGCCGGGGCCGGGCGGGGGCCGGGCGCGCGCGGGCCGCGGGGCUCAGCUGUGCUGCUGUUCUCUCCGCAGGGACGGCGGCUCCCGGGGGUGCCCCGCUCCCCUGCGAUGGCAGUUGGCGCGCUGUCCAGCUCCCUCCUGGUCACCUGCUGCCUGAUGGUGGCUCUGUGCAGUCCGAGCAUCCCGUUGGAGAAGCUGGCCCAGGCGCCCGAGCAGCCGGGCCCGGAGAAGCGCGAGCACGCGUCUCGGGACGGCCCGGGGCGGGUGAGCGAGCUCGGGCGCCCCGCGAGGGACGAGGGCGGCGGCGGCGGCGGCGGCCGCGACUGGAAGGGCAAGGGCGGCCGCGGGCUCGCCGGCCGGGACGCGUGGAGCAAGCAGAAGCAGGCCUGGGCCGCCCAGGGCGGGGGCGCCAAGGCCGGGGACCUGCAGGGCCGGCCCCGCGGGGACACCCCGCACGGGGAGCCCCUGGCCGCCGCCGCCGCCGCCCAGGACGCGGCCGGCCCGGACCUGGCGCCCACGCCGGAGCCGCCGGAGGAGUACGCGUACCCGGACUACCGCGGCAAGGGCUGCGUGGACGAGAGCGGCUUCGUGUACGCCAUCGGGGAGAAGUUCGCUCCGGGCCCCUCCGCCUGCCCUUGCCUGUGCACCGAGGAGGGGCCGCUGUGCGCGCAGCCCGAGUGCCCGCGGCUGCACCCGCGCUGCAUCCACGUCGACACGAGCCAGUGCUGCCCGCAGUGCAAGGAGAGGAAGAACUACUGCGAGUUCCGGGGCAAGAUCUACCAGACUCUGGAGGAGUUCGUGGUGUCUCCGUGUGAGCGGUGCCGCUGCGAAGCCAACGGGGAGGUGCUGUGCACCGUGUCCGCAUGUCCGCAGACGGAGUGUGUGGACCCCGUGUACGAGCCUGACCAGUGCUGCCCCAUCUGCAAAAAUGGUCCCAACUGCUUUGCAGAAACUGCUGUCAUCCCAGCUGGAAGAGAAGUCAAGACGGACGAAUGUACCAUAUGUCACUGUACUUAUGAGGAAGGAACGUGGAGGAUCGAACGACAGGCCAUGUGCACGAGGCAUGAAUGCCGGCAAAUGUAGGCACAGGACCAUAAAAAAACAGACAUUUUUCUAGAAUAUUUUACUGAUGGAAACAUUCUAGAUGACUCUGGGGAAUGUCCUCCAAAAGGAGAAGACUUUUGAUGAGGAGUAUGGAAAGUUGUGCAUACCUUUCACGUUUCUCGGUAACCAUUUCCUGCAAAAGAAGGAAAUUGGUCUAUUUCCAAACGUCCACAAGAACUUUGGGCACAAAAUCCCCCUCUCUAAAUAAAUGUGCUAUUUUCACAGUAAGUACACUGAAGUACACUAUUAUAUAUUAAAUGUAUUUCUAUAAUCCCUCUAUUAGAGAGCUUAUAUAAAUGUUUUCUAUAGAUACAGAUUAAAAACGCUGUGUUGUCAACUGCCUUCACUGCAUACCUGCA